AUGACUUAUACCGUUCUCUCAAACGACCAGGUCAACUCGAUCUUGGAAGGUCUUACCAUUGAUGAGCUCGAUGAGUUUCGCCAUGUUUUGGCUUCAUCCCUACACGAGUUCUCUACUGGAGUGCCGGCUCUUGAGGAAGCCUUUCAGCAACCAGAACGCAUUUCAACACUACAUCCAGAGACCAUGGCUAGGACGCUCUAUAUGCCCUCAUGUGCUCCGUGUGGAAUGGGCUGCAAAGCAUCCCAGGAUUCUAGUGUUACACAGAUCAGUCCUACUGGUGUUCUCAACCUGUUCCGGCCAGAUGGAUCACCGCUUGGAAUCGUCAAUGCAACAGCUCUCACAGCUUUCAGAACAGCCCUGGCAUCUACCUGUCUGUUGGAGCGCCGCAACCAUGUCAAGACCUUGACAGUAUUUGGCAGCGGUCUUCAGGCUUACUGGCAUAUCCGGCUUGCCCUGAUGAUCCGCGGCAGUACUAUUAAGCACGUUCAUGUUAUAAACCAUAGGUGGAGCGAUAAAGCGACUGGCAUCCUGAAGAGAUUCGCUAGCAUCCCUCCUGAGAUCAAGAGACGAGAAGGUUGGUCGGACACCAAGUUCGGUCUUCUGAUCCCUGCAUUCCACGAGUACCGACGCCUGAUAAAAGAUCAGAUAAGGGAUGCAGAUGUGAUCUACUGCUGCACAGCCUCGCAAAAAGACCUCUUUGAUGGAUCCAUCUUAACGUCUCACGAGGGCCGCAAGAAAGGACGUCUCAUCAUUGCUGUCGGAAGUUAUACACCAGAAAUGCGUGAGCUUCCAAAUGACCUUAUCCAGCUAGCAGUAAAGAGGGAGGACAAGCCUCACCGACACUUCCACAAGCAUGCAGUCGAAGGCGGGGUCAUUGUCGUUGAUAACAUCAAAGGCGUGCUCAAAGAAGCAGGCGAGAUUAUUGCUGCCAAUAUUGGGCCCCAUCAACUUGUAGAGUAUGUGCUUACUCCUCUUCUCUCAACGGUCACUGACAUCAAUGACAGGCUGGGGGAACUUGUGAUGCUCCAUCGUCUAGCUAUAGAGGAGUCCGACGGAUUCUCCAGUAGUCAGGCAUCUUUCUCUUCUGACAUGGAUAAGCUAGAUAUCCAUGGUAGGAUGAGCUCCAUGUCCACGGUCUAUGGCAGCGGAAGCAAUGCCAGUGACCCCCCCACCAGCCCUACGGAUUCAGUAGAUUCAGAAGGGCGUAGAUCCAACUCCUUUUUCCAUUCAAGAAAGAACUCCAGUACCUCUCUGGACAAAGAAAAGAGAAAAUCAGAGGACCAUCUCUGUCGUUGGCUGAGGGACGGCACUGUAGUAUACAAGAGUGUCGGACUUGGACUGAUGGAUCUCGUGGUGGGAACACAUCUGAUUGAGGUUGCAAAUGAAAAGAAUGUAGGAACUCGUAUAGACGGGUUCUAG